AUGCAGACCAAGUUCGCCGCCCUCCUGGCCUUCGCGGCCGCAGCCCGCGCCCAGCAGGUUUGCACCUCCCAGGUCGAGACGCACCCGCCUCUCCAGUGGCAGAAGUGCGCCGCCGGCGGCUCCUGCACCAACGUCGCCGGCUCCGUCGUCCUCGACUCCAACUGGAGAUGGACGCACACCAUCCAGGGCUCGACCAACUGCUACACGGGCAACACCUGGAACAACGACUACUGUGCCGCUGGCCAGGGCGCCAACUGCGCCACCAAGUGCUGCGUCGACGGGGCCGACUACCCGAACACGUACGGAAUCACCACCAGCGGCAACGAGCUCAACCUCAAGUUCGUCACCACCCACCCCUUUGGCAAGAACAUUGGCAGCCGUGUCUACCUCAUGAAGGACCAGAACACCUACGAGAUGUUCACCCUGCUCGGCAACGAGUUUACCUUUGACGUCGACGUCUCCAACAUCGACUGCGGCCUCAACGGCGCCCUGUACUUCGUCUCCAUGGACGCCGACGGCGGUCUUUCCAAGUUCUCCACCAACAAGGCCGGCGCCAAGUACGGUACUGGAUACUGCGACUCGCAGUGCCCCCGUGACGUCAAGUUCAUUGACGGUGUUGCCAACGUCGACGGCUGGAACCCCAGCAGCAACGAUGCGAACGGUGGUGUCGGUACCCUUGGCGCCUGCUGCGCUGAGAUGGACAUCUGGGAGGCCAACAAGAUCUCCACGGCCUACACCCCCCACCCCUGCCUGAACAACGCCUACCACUCCUGCAAGGGCGACCUCUGCGGAGGCACCUACUCCAAGGACCGCUACGCCGGCGACUGCGACCCCGAUGGCUGCGACUUCAACUCGUACCGCCAGGGCAACAAGACCUUCUACGGCCCCGGUGCCAGCUUCACCGUCGACACGACCAAGAAGGUCUCGGUCGUCACCCAGUUCCUCAAGGGCGCCGACGGCAUCCUCUCCGAGAUCAAGCGCUUCUACGUCCAGAACGGCAAGGUCAUCCCCAACUCUGAGUCCCUCGUCGCCAGCAACCCGGGCAACUCGCUCACCCAGGGCUUUUGCGACGCCCAAAAGUCGGCCUUUGUCGACCCCGACAUCUUCGGGCGCCGCGGCGGCUUCAAGCAGAUGAGCGACGCCGUCGCCAAGCCCAUGGUCCUCGUCCUCUCCCUCUGGGACGACCACUACGCCAACAUGCUCUGGCUCGACUCCACCUACCCGACCAACGCCACCGCCGGCACCCCCGGCGCCGAGCGCGGCUCCUGCCCCAUCACCUCUGGCGUCCCGGCCGAUGUUGAGGCCAACGCGCCCAACUCCAACGUCAAGUUCUCCAACAUCAAGUUCGGUCCCAUCGGCUCCACCUUCGCGUCAUCCGAACCCCCCGUCUCCGCCUCCUCCGCCUCCAGCCGCCCGGCCACCGCCACCACCAGCCGUCCCGCCACCACCGUCUCUACCUCGACCCGCGCCGCCACUACCACCGCCGGCUCGGGCACCGGCGCCUCCCCCAAGUGGGGCCAGUGCGGCGGCAAGGAAUGGCCGGGCCCCUUCGCCUGCGUCGCCGGCAGCACCUGCACCUUCGUCAACGAGUGGUACAGCCAAUGUCUCUAG